AUGAAGAAGCUGAUUGACAAACCCAAGGGUCAAGCAGGGCGAUCAGAACUGAAAGGAGAAUACAGUCUCCAACAGGCCAUGGGAUUGGCUGGCGAUAACCGGAAAUACAACACAUUUAGAAUGAUCGCACAGCGAUAUAUGAAUCGAUACCUCAAUACUGAGAAGACUCUCAAAGAACAGCCCAAACUCAUGGUGACACUCCUUUUAUCAUAUGCACAGCGCAAACACCAGUUUCUAGCAAAGUUCCGCGAUAAUUGGCCAUUUCAUGACUUUAUUGCCUCUUAUCUUUGCAAUCAUGUCCAGUACACCAAGAAGCAGCAUGCAAAUUUAGAUGACUCAGAGGUGUCCAUUCCUGCUCAUGCAAAGCCAGCUCUGGCUCCUCUCAUGAAGCCUACUCCUCAUGCACCGUCUGCUCCUUGUGCACAGCUCACUCCUUGCACAAAGCCAGCUCCAAAGUCAAAGAUGACCCAGGUUCCUGCUUGCCAUUUGGACCUACUGAUACCAACUUCAAACUCCCUACCAGCUGCAAAGCCAAAGCCAAAACCAAAACCAAGGCCAAUAUCAUCAUUAGGCACACACACCACAAAGGUUGUAAUGGAAACUCCACCAACCACCGGGGCCAAGCCAAAAGCAACACCUGUGUCUAUUCCUCAUGACACUCGUGCCAAGACUAAAUUCAAACCAGCAGAAGCCUCUGCUGCACAUCUCAAGACUGACACCACCGUCAACAAUGAUGAUGAUGCUUACAAGUUUGCUGACCUUCCCUUGGUCUGUCCAAAUGACAGCUGCAAGGAUCUUGUGCCAGCGGAUCCCACUAUUGAGCUGGUCAAACAGCUCCAACAGUGA